AUGUUCAAGUUCGUCGUCGCCGUCAUCUUCGCUCUGUUUGCCUGCUCUGCUGCCAAGCCCGGAAUUGUGGCUCCUCUGGCCUACUCCUCGCCCUACGUGGCCUCCCCGUAUGUGGCCUCUCCUUACGUGGCCUCUCCGUACGUGGCCUCCCCCUAUGUGGCAGCUGCUCCGUACACCGCCGCCUACACUGCCGGAUACGCUGCUCCCUAUGCCGCCGCCUACACUGCCCCGUAUGCUGCCGCCGCCUACACCGCCCCCCUGCUGCUGAAGAAGUAG